AUUAAAGACGGACGUAUAUAAGAAUAGAAAAAUCUAAAAAAGAAGUUAGUUAGUUAGUUCAAGGCAGUGUUAUUUUCAUGAUGCUUCCCUCGAGAACUGCGCUUUUCUCUCUCUUCAUUCUCUCUCUCUUAACCGGAAUCCUCCCUUCCACCGCCGUGCCAGACACCGGCGGCACUACUACCAUCGGCUUCACCUACUCCGCCGCCGUGGACAACUCUCCACCGCCUGAGCAUGUCGUUACAGCACUUCAAUCUCUCAAUAUCCCCGCCGUACGCCUCCUUAAUCCGAGUCCAACUUUAAUCCGAGCAUUUUCCUACUCCAAUAUCUCCCUGCUACUCACCGUCCCAAAUUACCUCGUCGGAGCCUUCGCUGCCAAUCGCUCAGCUGCUACUCUUUGGGUUUAUAACAAUGUACUUCCGUUUCAUCCUCGUGCUCGGAUUUCACUCAUUUCAGUUGGUUCCGACGUUAUCUCUUCCACCGGCGGUCCCGGAAUUUCCGAUCCUUCCACUGCCUUAGUCCCUGCUAUGCAAAACUUACACCACGCGCUUAUUGAUUUGGGAAUCCGUACUGUUUCAGUUUCUACUACUUUCUCCUUCAUCAACGUGAUUACAACGGCGUUUCCUCCGUCUUCAGCUGAGUUCCAAGAGCCUGUUAACUCGCUUGUUAUCAGACCAGUACUUGAGUUUUUGGAGGAAACGAAUUCAUCUCUGUUAAUGAAUGUGUAUCCGUACAAUGUGUAUCGACUCCAUGGAGAGAUUCCGAUUAGUUUCGCUUUGUUCCAGGAAGGUCCAUUUAACUUCCGUGAUGAUGUUGUUACAGGUGUUCGGUAUCAUAAUCUGUUUGAUAUGAUGGUUGAUGCUGUAAUUGCUGCAAUGGCGGUUUCAGGCUACGAGAAUGUUCCCCUGAUUUUGACGGAAACAGGGUGGCCAAGUAAUGAUGAGCACAUGAAUGCAGAGGAGAGUCAGAUGUACGCUGAGAAAUACUUACAAGGACUGAUUCUUGAGCCUUUUCCCUUUAAAAAAAAUAGUAAGUACUAUAGUUAA